AUGAUUUCCUUUGUCCACCUGCUGUUUCUUACCUGUUUUUGUGUGGUAUCACCAAUGUUGACCACAAAAGUCCGUUUUUUUCAUCAACAACCUAAUAUUCCACGUCUUACUUUUAUAGGGACUUUACCUACUGUUCGAGAAUUGACCUUAGCCUACUGGGUGAAGUUUUACCAAAUUGAAGGUUACUCGAAUAACGUCUUUUCAUAUGCCCGUUCAGACGAUGAUAACGAAAUAGUUACGUGGAUGAGGUCUGAGAAGGGUAUAGUUCAUAUAAUGCUCCGUGUUCACACUGGAAGUGGUAACGAAGCUGUUGUUACGUGCCCGGGAAUUGUUCCAGACCUCUGGCAACAUAUAACGUGGACAUGGUCAGCUAACAGUGGGGCGGUAAGUUUUUACCUUAACGGAAAACGGUGUUCCAACACCACAACACUUGUGUCCAAGAAUAAAGAAGUUAGGCCUGGUGGGAUGGUUGUCUUAGGUGCAGAUCAAGACUCAGUGGGAGGAGGCUUUAAGGUCACAGAAACAUUACAAGGAGAAUUAGCAGAUUUACAUCUUUGGGAUGAGGUUUUGGAUGAGGAUCAGAUAUCCAUUCUUCCUUCUUCUUCAUGUACAAGACAAAGUGAUUUGGAAUCACAUGGGAACUUGAUAGACUGGUCAAGCUCUGCAUUUAGGGCCUUCGAUGGCGUGUCCUUUCACCCAACUACUCUGUGUCUCAGACGCACUCACAAGUGUCAUUCAGAUGCGUGCAAAUACUGA